AUGUCUGUCGUGGAGGAGUUGCGUUCAGACGACGAGGUUGACCCCUGCCCGGUGUCGGAGGUCUCUGCGGGGCGUGAGAGAGUCGUGGACGUUGUGGCGUGUGAGCGGCUGAAGAAGGAGGGAAACGCGCUGUUUGUCAGCGGGAAGGUUGCGGAGGCGUUGGAGGUGUACCGUGACGCGCUGAAGGCGGCGCCCAUCAAACCCAUUCAAAAGGAACCAAAAAAUAAAAAAGGGGGCGAUUCCCGGGCGGACGGCAGACCGUCGGCUCCUGAGACGCAGGCGAGUUCGGCCCCCGCAGAGGGUGGUGGUAGCAGCGGGAGCACUGCAUGCAAUGAGAACGACACAAAGAAUGACGUGUUGGAUGAAGAAAACAACGACGGCGGUGUCGACUACACGCUGACCUCACAGAUUUACUGUAACGCUGGAUUGUGUUUGACAAAGCUGGAAUUUUAUGAGGACGCUGUGACCGACCUCACGGAGGCCAUACGGCACAACGGUCUGUACGCAAAGGCGUUUAUCCGACGGGCGGAGUGCUACUACUUGCUUGGAAAAUGGUCUAAUGCGUAUGGGGACUACGAAGAAUACGAAAAGCUGGGCGGCGUGUUGGACGCGGAUGGUCGUGCUCAUAAGGCGGCAGCCAAGGCGAAGGUGGAUGAGGAAAUGAAGAAGAUGCUUGGGGAUUUAAAAGAUAUGGGAAAUCGUUUCCUUAACUAUUUUGGGCUCUCUACCGACAACUUCAAGUUUGACAAGGACCCAGUAACUGGGGGAUAUUCAAUGCGCUUUGAAAAGUGA